ACAGUACGGUGGUGAGAUCGACAGGGUGUGAGCGAGGGAGGGCUGUGAGGUGCGCCAGAGGCCCGGAGGAACAGCGGCACUGAAUUCAGACCAUCCUGAGGAAGACAAUGAGCGACGCUGAUUCGCCGUAGAUUGUACGCCACCGUUCUGCACUGAAGAUAGUGUGAUUUGUGCUGUGGACAGUAAAACUUGUGUGAGUGCUUGUGGGCGUGAGUACUAGCGAAGACGGAAAGACGGCCGAAUACCAAAGGGCCUUUGAACUGAAAAUCGGCGGCCGAAAACAUCCGACUGAAAAGAGCAUUUAGAGCCAUCGCCAUGGGAAAACAGAGCCCGGGUCAGGCCUACUCGGGUCUGAGCCAGCACGUGGACUUUACCGCUCUGCCUGAGCCAGGUGACCGCUUCCUCCUGGAGACAGUGGUCGGAGAGGGCACCUACGGGGAGGUACACGCCGCCCGCGAUCUUCACAGAAACGGUCAAUAUGUUGCCAUCAAAAUCUUGGAGGACAUCACGGACAACAUCGAGGAGAUCGAGGAGGAGUUUCUUGUGCUGCGGGACCUGUGCCGCCACCCCAACAUCACCCAGUUCCAUGGCAUGUUCUUCAAGCCGGGCAAAAGCCGCGACCACGAUCAGCUGUGGUUCGUCAUGGAGCUGUGUGACGGUGGCUCCGUCACCGACCUGGUCCAGUGGCUGGCCAAGGGAGGGAGCACCCUGACCGAGAUGCAGAUCGCCUACAUCCUGAAGGAGACCAUCAAGGCCCUGGUUCACCUACAUCAGAACCACUGCAUGCAUCGGGACGUCAAAGGUCACAACAUCCUGCUGACCGGCGAGGGCAACGUCAAGGUGGUCGACUUCGGCGUCUCCUCGCACCUGGCUGCCACCCUCGGCAGAAGGAACACGUCCGUCGGCACGCCCUAUUGGAUGGCGCCGGAGGUGAUCGCCUGUGAGCAGCAGUACGACUACAGCUACGACGUGCGAUGCGAUGUCUGGUCGCUGGGAAUUACCGCCAUCGAGUUGGCCGACUCCGAGCCUCCUCUGGCCGACAUGCACCCCAUGCGAGCUCUGUUCCAGAUCCCAAGGAACCCACCUCCGUCUCUGAAGAGGCCGGCCGACUGGAGUGCAGCCUUCAACGACUUCAUCAGUCGGUGUCUGAUCAAGGACUUUGAGAAGAGGCCGUUUAUGAGUCAACUGCUGGACCAUGCACUCCUGAGGAAUGUGCCAAGUCGGAUUGACACCAUUCGCGGCUCGAUCCGCAGUCUGCUCGUCGCCCGGCGUCAGACGGGUGGCGGAGGGACCGGCACCGUGCGCCGGCCGCACCCCACCACCAAACAGGGUCGCCUCAAGACUGGACGCAAGUCCAAGCUGGCGCCCAUGUUCGUGGACGACCUGGCCUCGCUGGAGCGGCUGACGGAGGAGGUGAUCGUGACCCAGCUGCAACAGCGCUACAGGGCUGACCAGAUCUACACCUACAUCGGCGACAUCCUGAUCGCCGUCAACCCAUUCAGCGAUGUCAACAUCUACGGAGAAAAGGAGCAGCGGCUGUACCGCAGCCUUCGGAAGGCGGAUGGGCCGCCGCACAUUUACGGUGUGGCCGACGCUGCCUACCACGCCAUGCUGCAUCAGAGGCAGCACCAGUGCGUGGUAAUCUCUGGGGAGAGUGGGGCCGGAAAGACCGAGUCCGCCAACCACCUUCUCCGUCAACUGGUCUCACUAGGCCAGGCCGGAGGGCGUGGCAUCGAGCAACGUAUCCUGGCCGCCAACCCGGUGAUGGAGGCAUUCGGUAACGCUGCCACGGGCAUCAACAGCAACUCGUCCCGCUUCGGAAAGUUCCUGGAAGUGACGUUCGGCACAGGCGGAAGGGUGUCCGGAGCCAGGGUCUCUGUGUACCUGCUGGAACAGAGCCGGGUCGUCCGACAGGCCAGCGGCGAGCGGAACUUCCACAUCUUCUACUACCUGUACGACACUCUUCAGGCAGAGGGUCGCCUCAGGGAGUUUCGGCUGGACCCACAAGGACGGAACGCCCACCGCUACAUCAGCAACAACGUCAGCAACAACAGAGCGGCAUCGCGGAACGUCCAGACGAUGGCGGUGAUUCGUCAGAGUCUGACGAUGCUCGGGUUCGGGGCAGACCAGUUCCACUGUCUCUGCCGACUGCUGGCGGCCGUCAUCCACCUGGGGGACAUCUCCUUCAGCUCCACUGACGACAGCCACAACAACACAGAGAAGGUGGCCGUCAGCAACAAGGAAAAACUCAACGACGUGGCGCAUCUGCUGGGCUUGGACCGGGAGGAGCUGGAGGAAGUCCUCACCCUGAACUCUGUGGUGACACGCGGGGAGAGCAUCCUGAGGAACAACAGCCACGAGGAGGCGGUCACCACGCGGGACGCCAUGGCCAAGGCGCUCUACGGCAGACUCUUCGACUGGAUCGUCAACCAG